UAUUAAAGAUAUAGCUACCGCAGUUCCAUUGAUUAUGGCCGACACAAGCAACAACUCAAAAGAUGACAUGGAUAAGAAGGGAAUACCAAGAGCUGAGUUCAUCGAAGAUGUAGAUGCUUACAUGAAAGCUAAUAAUUUUUCAACUCUUAUGGAAGCUGGACGUUCUUUUGAAGAAUUAUACCAAAAAUAUAAAAUUAUCGAACAAGCUUUAUUACAGCGUAAAAUAAGAUUAAUGCAACAAUUGCCAGAUAUACAGAAAACAUUAGCUGUUGUUCGACAAUUACAAAAACAAAAUACUAAUUUAGAUGUAACUUUUGAAAUAUCUAAUCAAUUAUUUACACGUGCUCAUAUUCCUAAAGCAGAUAGAGUUGGUUUAUGGUUAGGUGCUAAUGUUAUGCUAGAAUAUGAUCUUGAAGAAGCUGACAAAAUAUUAGUUGAAAAUGAACAAUCAGCUCAACAAUCCUUACAAGAUGUAGAUCAAACAUUAGAAUUUCUUAAAAGUCAAACAACUACAGUUGAAGUAAAUUUAGCCCGCUUACAUAAUUUGUCUGUAAAACGUGGACGUCAAAAUCAGUCAUCUGAAGUGAAUGCAUAAAAAAAAACAAUAUGAUUUGAUUCCAGCAAGUACUACUUAAGAAUAGACUGUCAC